GGGCAGCGUACCGACUACUCCGAGCAUCUCCUGUCCCGGUACACAGCUGUCAUGUCUGCCCCUGGGGGUGUCAGCCCUGUCCAUGGUGCCACUCUGAUCUCCUGCUGAGGGUUCUGCAGACCAUUGCUCUUCUGGUGGCCAAACAACAGCCUGCCAUCUCAUCCUGGAGGUCCUGCAGAGCAUUCCUCAAUCUGGGACAAUCCAUUUUAUCCUGGGUGAUCUGAAGACCCUUCCUCCUCUCUGGGGCCCCCAACAGCAGAGCUUUCCUCAAUCUGGGACCCCCCCCCCCCUAUCUUAUCCUGGGUGAUCUGAAGACCCUUCCUCCUCUGGGGCCCCCCAACACAGCCUGUCAUCUCAUCCUGGAGGUUCUGCAGAGCAUUCCUCAAUCUGGGACAAUCCAUUUUAUCCUGGGUGAUCUGAAGACCCUUACUCCUCUCUGGGGCCCCCCAACACAGCCUGUCAUCUCAUCCUGGGUGAUCUGAAGACCCUUACUCCUUUCUGGGGCCCCCAACAGCAGAGCAUUCCUCAAUCUGGGACCCCCCUAUCUUAUCCUGGGUGAUCUGAAGACCCUUCCUCCUCUUGGGGCCCCCCAACACAGCCUGUCAUCUCAUCCUCGGUGAUCUGAAGACCCUUCCUCCUCUGGGGCCCCCAACAGCAGACCAUUCCUGAAUCUGGGACCCCCCCCCCCAUCUUAUCCUGGGUGAUCUGAAGACCCUUCCUCCUCUGGGGCCCCCAACACAGCCUGGGUGUCCUGAAGACCAUUGCUCAUCUGGUACCUGUCACCCCAUCCUGGAGGUCCUGCAGACCAUUCCCCAAUCUGGGACCCCCCCCAUAUUAUCCUGGGUCAUCUGAAGAACCUUCCUCCUCUGGGGCCCCCCAACACAGCCUGUCAUCUCAUCCUGGGUGAUCUGAAGACCCUUCCUCCUAUGAGGAUCCCCCAACACAGCCUGUGAUCUCAUCCUGGAGGUCCUGCAGACCAUUCCUCAAUCUGGGACCCACCAUCUCAUCCUGGGUGAUCUAAAGACUUUUCCUCCUCUGGGGUCCCCAACACAGCCUGUCAUCUCAUCUUGGAGAUCCUGAGUGCAGACCAUUCCUCCUCUGGGGCCCCAAACACAGCCUGUGAUCUCAAAAGACUAUCCCUCCUCUGGUGGCCCCUAACACAGCCUGGGUGUCCUGAAGACCAUUUCUCCUCUGGUACCUGUGAUCUCAUCCUGAGCGUCCUGCAGACUAUUCUUCCUCUGAUGGCUUCCAAACACAGCCUGUGAUCUCAUCAUAGAUGUUCAGAAGAAUAUUCCUUCUCUGGUGGUCCCUAACACAGCCUAUGAGCUAACCCUGGGUGUCCUGAAGUCUAUUCCUCUUCUAGUGGCCCCCCAACACAGACUGUGAUCUCAUCUUAAGUGUGCUGAAGUCCAUUCCUGUUGUAGGGGCCCCCAAACACGGAUUGUGAUCUAAUCCUGAAUGCCCUGCAGACCAUUCUUCCCCUGGUGGUCCCCAACACAACCAGUGAUCUCAUUCUGGGUGUCCUGCAGACCAUUAUCCUCUGGUGGGUCCCAACACAGCCAGUGAUCUCAUUCUGGAUGUCCUGCAGACUAUUCUUCAUCUGGUGACCCCAGAAAAGCCUGUGAUCUCAUCUCAUCCUAGGUGUCCUGAAGACCAUCCCUCCUCUGGUGGCCCCAAAUACAGCCUGAGAUCUCAUCUUGGGUGCCUUGAAUAUCAUCCCUCCUCUGGUGGCCCCAAAUACAGCCUGUGAGCUCAUCCUGGGUGCCCUGAGGACCAUUUUAACUAUGGAGGCCCCCAGUACAGCCUGUAAUCUCAUCCUUGGUGUCCUGAAGACCAUUCUUCCUCUGGUGGACCCCAAACACAGCCUGUGACCUCAUUCUGGUGGACCCUAACAAAGCAUAUUAGCUCACCCUGCGUGCUUUGUAGACCACUGCUCCACUGGUACCUGUGAUCUCAUCCUGGGUGUCCUGAAGACCAUUCUUCCUCUGGUGUCCCCCCAACACAGCCUAUGAUCUCAUCUUGGGUGCCCUACAGAACAUUCCUCCUCUGGUGUCUGUGAUCUCACCCUAGUGAAGAUCUCCCUCUCUUGCCCAUGAGCCCCACGCUGCCCACCAUCCUCCUGCAGAGCAUUUAAUCUCCGGUGCCCUCCUGAAGAGAUUGUGUGAUCCGGGGUGUCCUGCAGAUGAUCGCAAGUCUGGUUGCCUCAGCUGAUCUCCUCCUGGUGCCUGGGAUCUCGCCUUGCAGGUUGCAGCAACCCUGGUGCCACCUUUCCCUGGAUCUUGUCUUGGAUGCCCCCUUUUGCUUCAUACCAUCCUCGGUGCCCCCUCGGUGCAGGUCCUUUGUUGGCUCAAUCCUCUUAUUUUGGAAGCUCCUCUCAGCCUGGUGCCACCUUGCCUCCGAUCCCCUGCAGAAGAUCCCACCCCUGGUGUAGUAGGAGCGGGUGAUCGGGUGUAGGGAGCCCGCAGUGCCCGCCUGGCUCCACGUGCUUGCAGUGCGCAUCCUCCCUGGAGUUGGUGCAGGAGGGGCACCGGGACAGCGGACGGAUCCUCGCCUUGGUUGGAUUACCGGGAUCCCGUUUGGAUCGCUAGGGUGGAUCUGUCUGGUUCAUGCCCCGUGGAUUGUGCUGACCUGGGAGACUGAAGGGGCAGAAGAAGGAAGAGGCACCCCGGGCACAGCUGCCCCCUGCAGCAUGAGGAGUUCGGGAUCUUGGGGGAUCUGGCUGGUCCUGGGAGCUAUCACCGGACUCAGAGGUUUGGUGACGGCGCUGCAGGUGAUCAUAGACAAGGAGAACAUACAGGUGGCCCGGGGUCAGUCGGCGGGACUCUUGUGCACUUUCACCACCAGUGCGGCGCUAACGAACCUCAACAUUAUCUGGACUGUGACGCCUCUGUCCAAUGCCAACCAGCCUGAACAGAUCAUUAUUUACCAGGGCGGGCAAGUUUUCACAACCGCAGCGCAGUUCCAGGGCCGAGUCGGGUUUAUGCAAACCAUGCCGAGCACCAACGCCUCCAUAUAUAUAAACAACACCCAGCUGUCAGAUACGGGGACCUACCAGUGCAUGGUCAACAACUUCCCCGACCGGGCGCUACGGAACAUUGGUGUGGUGGGAUUUACCGUUUUAGUGCCUCCCUCAGAUCCCAUUUGCAACAUUCAGGGUUCCCUGGACAUUGGAAGUGACAUUACUCUAUCAUGCAGCUCAGAGGAGGGAAUUCCAAGACCCACCUACCUGUGGGAGAAGGUGGAAGGUCCUCUUCUCCCGGCCUCUAUAACGCAAGACCAGUUUCAAGGAACUGUCCUCCUGAAGAACAUCAGCACUGCAACCUCAGGAAGAUAUCAGUGCGUAUCAUCCAAUCUUAUGGGAACCAGAACCUGCCUUCUAGACCUGCAAGUGGUGGCACCUAAGCACCAGAGUGUGGGCCUCAUUGUUGGAGCCAUUGCCGGAGGAAUCCUGGUGCUGGUUAUCUGCAUCGUGGUGGUAGCUGUGGGUCUGGUCUACUGGAGGAACAAACACAAAGAGGAAGAAGAUGAAAUCCCCAAUGAGAUAAGAGAGGACGACCUUCCUCCCAAGUGCACGCCGUCUACCAAAGUCUUUCACCCAGAUGCCUCUUCCUCUGAGCAUGACACGCUGACGUCAGCCACCAACACCAAUACCUUCAACGGUCACUACUGGAGCAACUCCAAAUCCAACUACACCACCGGCUCAUACGUCACCUACAACUGCAAUGGGUGCCGCCACUCCACUUCUCGCUCUGUCACAGGCCAACCGAGGCCAAUAUACGCAAAUGGAGGACAGCCCUCUACAGGUCCCCCAAAGACAUUGAUAGUCACAGCUAACACAGCCCCUUCUCCUAAGACUGGUGCUAGGAGCAAUGGCACAGUCGGCAGAAAAGCAAAGCCUCCUCAAACUAGGUCUUACGCCGUCAGCCAGGCCACGUUGGAGAGGAUAGGUGCCGUCCCGGUAAUGAUUCCGGCACAGAGCAGAGCUGGGUCGCUAGUAUAGAAAAAAAUAAAUAAAGCGUAGCGCUACAAGGGGCAACAAAAGCUGCGUUAGCAUGUGGGAUGACAGUAAUUCAUCCCUGCUCCUCUGUUAUUUCCUUUCUAUCCAGGCAGUCAUGAAAUGCACUGGACCCAGCCAGUCCUUUGUUCUCAAGAGAGAAGACAAAAACCCUGGGACAAGGAUUAAACAGGGGAAGUGUGGACAGUUUGCCGAGAUUAAAACUUGUCCUUGCAGUGCCAAGCACAGCCCCAGGGCUUCCAACGCAGAAUAGCAUAUGUGCCUCCCUUUCUCUCGAUCAUUAGUUCUGUUCACACACAAUUUUUUUAUUUUUUUUUCUAACAUUUGCUACGUGUGGAAACCAUCUUGCUUUGUCGUUCCAUGACGAUGGUGCUACGAAGCUCCCACCAACACACAAACCAUACCUGCAAUCACCAGCUAAGAGUUACCACCACAGAACCCACCCAUAGCUAUUUUUUGUUCCCCCCUCCUACUCAAGCACUUUAUCCCCAUCUUAGGGAAACAAUAUUUUUGAAAUGUAUAGUUUACUGGCCCAUGGGAUGUCCACCUAAAAUACAAACUGUGUCAUCAGAAGUUCUGAAAUGUUGACUUGGUCCUUCAAAUGUUCUUGGUUCUUUAGGGGUGUAUAUGUAGCACCUAUAUUGUAUUGUUUGACAAAUGUCACUUUCUAUGGUACAUUAACACUGUUUUUUUUUGUUCUACCAUUAUGUCUAUUUUUUUGUAGAGGCUGUUGAGCAGUAAUCAUCCCUUCCGGUUUGACAUUUUGAAAAUUUGUAUCCUGCUUGUUUUGCUCUUUCCACCGUAUUUUGCCACAAGUUUUCCCCGAUAAGUUUUUGCAUAAUUCUGUUUUUUUAUUUUUGUUUCGUCUCAUGAUGGCUUUGGCUUGACUCAUGCAACCAGAAUGUCUUCGGCUGGUGGUUAAAACUAGACAUGUGUACAUUGAAAUAUUUUGUUUCGGAAUUUUGUUUUCGUCCGAAAAAUACAAUUAUUUAGUUAA